UUUAUUUUUGUCAAAUUGAAUAUUAACCGCGACACAAAGGAACAGUUGUCGACCGGAAGAUUUUGGGCGAUAGCGAGAAUUCACACAAUAAUUUGCCUUUUGCCUGCAAUAUUUUUGCAAUGUAUGCACACGUCAUUGAAUGUCGCUAACAAAUUUUUAAAUGUAUGUGAAUGUCACAAUAUGCACUAGUUUGAAGCUGGACAAUAUCAAGCUCGACGCCAUCUUGAUUAAAUCUGAAGCACAUAUGAGCAUUUGAUAUUUGUCUUCGUCAAUUUUUUUUAUUAUCGACUUUGUCAACGUGCUUUUGGAAUAUACAUUACGAAAGGUAGAAUAGCAGCUUACUUGUAUAUCGGGUGAGAUAUAUUUUGUAUCGUUUUGAGCAUGAAAAUGUCUGGAUUUUAAACACAGAACUGAGAUACGAAUGUGAAGAAGACGAAGAAGACACGAAUGUAUAAAGUAGAAAUAGGUUUGGUUGUCUAGCGAAGGAGAGUCGUGAUCAUGAAUACUUUGUUCAAGUUGUUGGUGACGAUUACGCUAGCCUUGAUAAUCAGCUUGUUCGUCAUAUUUAACCAAGGAAUAUCUCCUCGGUUCAACCAGCACAUAAAGUCUUCAAAGCAGGACUCACCUCGAACGGAGAUCAACAGUGUCGGACAACCGUACGUGAACCUGACGAAAUAUGACGAAAAACAAAAGUACAUCGUGUCGGCUAACACCACUCUAACUCAAUUGGAUGGAAAUUCAUCGUGGGAACAAGAUGAGUUGAUGAAGCUCUCAAAUCUUAUACAGAAAAGACUCCAUUUCCUUCAGAAUCCUCCAGACUGCAGAAAAGCCAAGAAGAUCGUGUGUGAUUUCAACCAUCGAGUCGGGUUCGGAUCGAGUGUUCAUCAUUUGUCGUUCUGUCUGAUUAUGGCAUACGGCAGUGAGAGAACCCUCAUCCUUAAUUCCUCGGAAUGGGUCUAUUCCCCGGGGGAUGGGACAAGUUCUUUCGCCCUCUCAGUGAGAACUGCCUUGAUGAACAAGGAGAGACCACAGCUUACAAUAAGUGGCCAACUCCUGAUGGAAAUAAAAACACCCAAGUGGUAAAACUCUCCAAAAUAGGAAACUUUAUUAAAACGAACAAAAGGCCAGACUUCCUGCCCUUGGCGAUUCCAGAAGACAUCUCGGUGAGACUGAGGAGAGUCCACAGUAAACCCCUCGUCUGGUGGAUAGGACAAAUCAUCACCUACAUUCUGAAGCCUCAGCCUCAAACCCAACAAUUCAUUGACAAUAAGACGACUGCCUUGGGAUUCACACAUCCGAUCGUGGGCAUUCAUGUUAGGCGGACAGACAAACUCGUUAACGAAGCCAAAUCGCAUGGUAUAGAGGAGUAUAUGGACCAUGUGGAAAAAUACUACCAGGAAUUAGAGAAGAGAAAAGCAGUGUCCGUCAGGAGAGUCUUCUUAGCAACAGACGAGGUCGGUCUGCUCUACGAAGCCAAGAAGAAAUAUCCUGGCUAUGUGUUUGUGAGUGAUAAUAAAAUAUCUCAGUCAGCCAAUGUAUCAUUAAGAUGGUCAGAGGAAUCUUUGAUGGGUAUCAUCGUAGAUCUUCAUCUUCUGGCUCGUUCGGAUUUUGUGGUUUGCACAUGCUCUUCAAAUAUAUGUCGACUGGUUUACGAAAUGAUACAGCAUUCCCAUUUAGAUGCCUCCAAGAAACUCAUCAGCGUUGACAGACAAUACUUCUGGUACGGUGAGAAUACCAAAGCCAAAGGCAAAACUGCAAAGAUGCCUGUGUAUGUAGGGGCUGAGAACGUUCACUUGGAUGGUGUGUGAGGCCUGAUAAGCUGCCUAUUCCCGCAGGCUCUCUUUGAUUUCCUUUGUUUCUUUGGCUUGAUAGUAAAGUUAGCGAACGUCAACAGUCUCUUCUUCAAGUUUACCACGGUCCGACAGAAUUCCUCCAUAUGAUGGUGAGACAUUGACAUAGUGGAGUCAAUUUAAACACCCAUGUUUCUAAAAGAUGUACUUCUAUUUAUAAGAGAAUCACCAAUAUUAAUUUUACUUUUCAAAGUUGUAUUUGGAUCCGAAAAGUAAGAACUAAAAUUUGUCAUGAUUGAAUUCGAGAGGAAGUGGGGCUCGUCCACCUUUCUCUAUGCAAGCCAUCCAUGUGAUGUACAACGUGAGCCACUUUGUCCUGCACCCGAGGGAGUGACACAUAUAGCUAGACAUCAUCAGCAAACAGUAAUAGUCGACCUCGUGAAGAUUUAAGACUCGCUUCAGUCCACUCAAGUAAAUACAAAAUAAUAUCGGUCCUCCAACGGAACCCUGGAGCACCCCACAGUUCGCCGGGACAGGAUCUGAUUUCGCAUCAUAAUCACAGUUGUAAAAUUUGCUAACACUUAGAAUGAUAAUAUUGAAACCAAUCACACGCUCUUCCACACAUUUCAAGUAACGCAGUUGUAUUGACGAGUACCUGAUGGGUUACGUUAUUAAAGGCAGAAUAUAAAUGCAAGAGCCCAACAGCAUUAAGCUUUCUAGAGUUCAUAUCCCGAAGAAAGUGUGGGAUAACUAGUUAAACUUAAUUCCAGUGACAUUACAACUCCACAUUGAUCUUCUUAAUUCAUUUCUUUAAUAUCUCUUCUUAAUUAUAGCAAAUGUCAAGGUUCAAUACUGUUUAGACUUUAGUGCUAGAUCUAGACUGUCCAUUGUAUACAGCUCAUAGUCUAGAUCUAGAUCAAGAGUAGGCUAAGUAUACCCAGACGUUGUGUGACCGGUGAGGUUGUUUCCGGACAGUUGAUUGAAAGCAGAAUUUGAAGAAGUUUGUCCGCAAUAUUUUGCAAAUCUAGACACUAUUCUUAAGGACACAUAUUUUAAAGAACGUAGGGCUAUUUGAUGCAUACUUUUCAUAACAUUCAAAAGCAAAAGAGACGGCUCCAUUUUUGUAAAGCAUCCUGACAAAGAGAAAUUGAUAUUAGAAAGUUUGGUAAAUUUUUAGUUUUAGUGGUCAAUAUAUAAAAAUAAUUUAGUGACAUUUGAUGAUGCCGGUUCCGACUUUGAAUUUAUAAAAUGGAGAUUAAAUUUCAAAGGGUAGAUUUUAUUCGCAGAUGAAAGACCUUAUUUUGGACUAUCUAAGGCAAUUUGUUUGAAAUAUGUUAGUAUAUUUCUUUGGACUGAUAUCAAUUUCAAACUUUGUCCCGAUUAAGAUUGAUAGACACCUUUUAUUUAAGUCUGUUUGUUGCAUUCAAUAAUGUAACUUGGUAUAAUACUUGGUGUCAGUAAUAGAUAUUUUGCUGAUGUAUUUGAGAUUGUAAAUAGAGAGAAAUGUAUUGUAUAUAUAUAUAUAUAUAUAUGAUGGAUAAUUUUACUAUAAAUUUAUCGACGUUGGCAAGGUUCGCAUUGUAACAUAAUUUUGUAUUAAUUGUAACGCUUUAUUCAAUGCUAUUAAACGAUCUGCCUGCUGUACUUGGUAAUAUAAUAACCAAUUAUACUCUCGCAAUCCGAUCAGGAAUAAUUACUACGGAUUUUUGUUAACAUUUUCCUUUUUACUGUAUUCCUCAUCUACUCAUUGCAAAAGUGAAAGUGAUGAGUGUCAAAAGGAAUAUAAAAAAAGAAUAUCUAUUUUUUCCCAUUUGAUAUAGUCGAUGAAAUUGUUAUUUGAUAACAAUAUUGACAAUAACUAUGAUAACUGUAUUAACUAAUUCAUAAAUGCAUAGGAUACAUCGUCUCCUGCUAUAGACAAUUUCAAUAAAUAUAACCUGAGAG